ACCACUUGGGCCAACAAAUUUUGUAGCCAGCCCAUUAAGACGUACCUACGCCUCCAGCAUAAUGAAAUGGUCGUCUUCAAAUGUCAAACCCUAAUUCAAAUGAUUACUCUUCGCAGGCUUCGUAAACCUUCUAAAACGGUAACACUGAUCUACGAUGCUACCGCCGCUCAAUUCAGCACUCAAACUUCUAAUUCAGCUCCAACGUCGGCCAAGUUCGACGGCCUAAUCAAUUCCGCCGGCCGCCGGGGAGAUUUCGCCGCCGUGCGCGACCUCCUCUCGCAGCGCCUGACCUUCGGCUGCCUCAACACCGCCAACACAUUCAAGUUCAUCGCGAGCGGCACCGCCUCGAUCGACGAUCUCCUCUGCAACCUCGCCGCCCUGGACGACUGGUUCACCAGGAAGCACGCGCACGACGCGCUGGUCGCACAGCUCGCGCGGCUGCACCGCACCGAUGAGGCGCUGCGCGUGGCGGUGGCGAUGGCGCAGCGGAGCUUCGGCGCCACGCCGGUGACGUUCGAUCCGAUCGUGAACGUGCUCGCGAAGAGGAAGGAGAUGGACGCCUGUUGGCGCGCAAUCGACGCGAUGCGAGCGUGCGGCGUCCGGCCGAGUCCGACGGCGUACCACUACGUCCUGUCGGGGUACUGCUUCGUCGGCGACGUGGCGUCCGCGGCCGACACGGUGGAGAAGAUGGAGGCGGAGGGGAUGGAGAUCGUGGCGGAGACGUACGACGCGCUGGUGCUUGGCGCGUGCAGGACGGGGAGGGUGGAGGUGGCUGUGGCGGUGGUGCGGAGGGCGGUGGAGAGUGGAGUGCGGGCGUUGUACUCGACGUAUACUCACAUCAUAGGGGAGAUGUUGCGCCGCGAGUAUUACGAGCAGGCGGCGGAGUUCGUGAGGAUUUUGGCCGGAAGGAAUGAGAAAUUGGAUGCGGAGAUUUACGGGUAUCUGGUGCGGCGGUUGAAGUAUAAGAGAAGAAUAGAAGAGGCUAAAUCGGUGGCGGAGGAGAUGGAUCAAAGGGGAUUGCCGGUUGCCGAUUUGAAAUUAGAAGAGGAUUGAAUAGUGUACUUGAGCCAUGAGUCAUUAAUUAACAUUAAUCAAGAGUUAAUUUCAAUUAGUAAUCCCCACAUAUGUAUAAAUCAUUUUCUUGAAAAAAUAGCAAUUUGUCUCACAAUUGAGAUAUGGUCAAUUGGA